AUGAAAUCUGCCAUGAUCUCUCUCUUCCUUGCCCUCUCCAGCUCCAGUUGCUCUGCUGCUGCCCUCAGGGGUGCUGAUCACAGACAACUCAACCAGCCCAACCCAAACAUCCAAUAUUUCAACCCACUCCUUGGCCCAAGGGUCAACUGUGACCAGGAGCUGACAAUGGAAAUCACUUGCAGGGAUUGUGACUUUGAAACCAACACCGCAAGAACUGGGGUGGAACAGGCAGAAGCCACUCUGGAUGUCAAAGUGAGGACAUCCACCAACAAAAGUUGGCAGUUGAAGAGAACUACCAUGUCCACUAACUUUCCAGUUUUUGAGAACAUGGAAAUUACUGGAACUGCUCGCAAUGCAGCCCCUUCCACUCCCAUUCACAAUACCUGGUCUCUGGAAAUCAGCACCAAGGAAGAUCCCAAACGCAUGACUGCACUGGCCACUGCCACCUUGGAGGACCAGGAUUCUGGUUUUGAAUGUGUCAUCAGCCAGGUUUUUGACUCCAUGGUGUCUCCCUUCAACAACAAUGCAGUUGUGGCUGCACCCUCACACAAUGGGGAGAUGGGCGCCCCUUCGGAUAUGAACCCCUAG